UGCUGGGUUCUUCUGCUUCACCCCCUGCCCAACUUCAUCCCCUUUUUCUGUCGCUCAAUCGCACGAAUCGAAGUACAAAGCUCUCCCCACUACUCCACUCCUCUCACUUCUCUUCUGAAAAUGAGGCCCCAGCGUCUGAGUUUCAGUACAGAUGGAGAAGACGAAGAAGAUAAGCAACAAACUCUUAACGAGGCAGACGAUUCUGACUCAGACUCCGAAAGCGAAGAAGAGGAAUGCACAGCAGCGUUGCCCCCGAAGAAGCCCAAGUUGAAUCUGCCGCGUGAAGAAGAAGUACCCGUACCUCGAAAAGACGAGUCGGAAUGCUCUUCCUCAUCUGCGUCCAAUUUCAUUAUCGCGCCUGCCGCAAAACCCAGCGAGAAGAACACCCCUUUCUCUAAAAUAUUCUCCGAAGAGGAUGAAAUUUCUCUGCUUAAAGGCCUCGCCAUUUUCUGGGCUGACGGGAGGAACAACAAGUGGACCGAGUUUUACAACUUCAUCAAGGACAGUCUUCCGCAUCAGUUUACGAGAACUCAGGUGUCUGAGAAGAUUCGUAGGCUCAAGGGGAAGUUUGAAAACAAUUUUAAAAGAGCUCGCGCCAAUGGUGGCUGGCUUGAUUUCUCGGAUGCCCAUGAGUCCGCCGUGUUUGAGGUGUCGAAGACACUGUGGGGAGAAGAUGAAAACGAAGCUGGGGAUAAACAUGCUCAAAAAGAAAAGGAGACACCACAAAGGGGAGACAGAAGCAGAUCCCAAAAGAAGAGAAAAAGGGCUGGGAAAGAGCAUGAUGCAGAAAAAGAGAUAGUGAAGAACCAAAAACAAGUGGGGAAGAUUGGCAAAGAGGAGUUUGCUUCUGCGUACCCACUCUUGUCAUCGUCUUUGGAUGAAAAUGGAUAUUCCAACAUCAUCAAGGAGAAAUUUCUAUUGAUUGGCAGAGAGAAGGCACAAGAGCUGGAAGAGAAGUGGAGGGAUGUGAAAGCUGCAGAGCUUAGACUGGAGCUUAAAAGGAUUGAUUUGAUUAGGAGGGACUUACACAAUCUACUCUGAAGCAAAUGAAGGAUUUAAGAGAUUUUUGGCUUUUGAACAGUUUAUGUGGAUGAGGACUUUUCAAGAGAUUGCAUCAUCUUUCAGGCAUCCAAGGAUUCAGAAUUGCCUUGACUUUUGUGUAUGGUGUAAAGUUUCUUUCUGGAUAGUAAUUUUGUAAUAGAGAGAAGAUGAAGCAGAAGUUAUGAACGGAGUUGGCAGAAGCAGAAGCAAGAAGGUGAGGUAUACUUGAGAUGAUGUAAUCAAACUUGUCAUAUCUCACAAACAAAUAUAUCUUUUGAGAACUUAAUUCCUGCAGAGAGUGAAUGAUAUUUAUACAACUGAUUUUUGUUUCAUAUUGGGCGACUGGAGAACAUACCAUAAACUCACC